AUGUCGAACAUAGGCAACCUUUUCAAGCUCCCGAAUGCCCCCACGAAACGCAAAUUUGAGAACCCCUCCUCGCUCGACCCAACCCAAGCGUACAAAUCUGCGAAGCUCGAUGCAAAUCGCGAUGUCAAACGAUCACAAUCCUCGGUAGCCGACGACGAGGACGACUCUGAAGCGGGGCCAUCACUUCCACCAGACAUGGAAGAGGAAAAGGGAGACGACGAGGAGGGAAGGUUCUUUGGCGGAGGUUUGGAUGAGGAUGUGAAGGAGGCCAUGGACAUAUUGGAUGCCAACGAUGCGGAAGAAUCGUUUAUGGAGGAAAAGUUUGACAUCGCUUGGCUCCGCAAGCUAGCACUUAACUUCGAGAAGAAAGUCUCUAAAAACGCCGAGCUACGCGCAAAGUUCGACGACGAUCCUUCUAAGUUCAUAGCAUCCGAAGGUGACUUGGAUGAGACCAUAAAGACACUGAGCAUACUGUCAGAGCAUCCAGAGCUAUAUCAAGAGUUUGCGAAGAUUGGCAGCGCCAGCAGCCUGGUUUCGUUGUUGGCGCACGAGAACACUGACAUUGCAAUCAAUGCCAUCGAGAUCAUCUCAGAGCUCACAGACGAGGAUGUGACGGCUGCUCAGGAACAAUGGGAUGUCUUGGUAGCUUCUAUGCUAGAAGCAGACCUCCUCAAUAUGUUAAUCUCCAACUUCUCGCGGUUCGACGAAAGCAACGAUGCGGACUCAAAUGGGGUUUAUCAGUCAUUGAGCGUCAUUGAGAACCUACUCUCACAUCCUGCAUAUCUUGAUAUAAUAGGGAAAGAGAAGAAACUCCUCGCAUGGCUUCUAAACCACAUCAAGGAUGACCUCCCUAUGUCACAAAACAAACAAUAUGUCUCCGAGAUCAUCUCCAUUAUCACCCAUUCCUCUUCUCCCAAUCGACAGCACGUUAUCCGGGCAAACGGCAUGGACAUUAUCCUAACAUGUCUGUCGGCGUAUCUGCGUCGCGAUCCGGAGAAAGAUAGUGAGGAGGAGGAAUACAUGGAAAAUCUGUUUAAUUGUGCGACAUCACUAGUCGAUGAGGUAGAAGGAAAGGAAAAAUUCUUGGAGGCAGAAGGCGUGGAAUUAUGUCUCUUAAUGCUGAAAAGUGGGAGGACGUGCAAGAGUAGAGCAUUAAAGAUACUGGAUCACGCAUGCGGGUAUGCCGAAGCACCCGCCUUGGGGGAUGCAAAGGCAAAUGGAGCAACCUCAAAAGGAAAACGCAAGGCAGGCCCUGAAUUAACGAACACCAACCGUGCCGCUGCGGUGUGCGAGAAAGUUAUUGAAGCUGGGGGGUUGAAACCCCUCUUCAGCACUUUCAAGGCGAAGAAACAUGACCUACAAACGACCGAGCAUAUCCUUGGGGUUUUUGCCUCACUCUUGCGUUCGUUACCAGGAAACUCAGACUCCAGAGUCCGGUUGCUGGUCAAGUUCUCCGAGAAGAAAUAUGAAACGGUUAACAUGCUGGUAGUAUUUCGGCGCCAAUACGCCAACCGCGUCGCUACGUUUGAUGCUAAGCUUAAUACCCAGAAGAGAGGGCUCUCAAAAGAGAAGCAGGAGGAACUUGAGCUUGAGAAUACUACAAUGCGGCUUGACGAGGGACUGUACUGCCUCGAACGUAUCGACGUCAUUUUGGCCUGGCUAGCGGCUGAAGAUGCUGAGGCGAAGAAAGCUACGAUAAAGUUUCUCGCUGAACGAGACAAGAGUUUAGCAGAUGUAAUGAGAACACUCCAAGGUCAGUUGAAUGGCGUCUUGGAGGUUGAGCCCGCCGAGCGAGAGAUGCUGGAAUCUCUGAUCAGCUUUUUAAGCUAA